UGGGCACCGCUGACAGCGCAAAGACGCACAUUGGACACUGUACACUUCAGCCACACGAUUCCUCUGAACCGGCCACACGGAGGUGCAUGGCCCCAUCCCCUUGUAUCAUGAUGAAUCCUGCGCAGGGGUCGCCGUCCCAAGACGCCAAACAGCUUCAUCAAAAGGAGGAGACGGAUACGGAGGGCGAGGAGCUUCAGCCCAAAGACAUGACAACCGAGAAAGGAUACAAACUCCAGCGGAGCAGCCUUCCGUUUAGCGUCGAGUCGCUGAUUUCCAAGAAGACCACCUGUCGGACUUCUUACUCGCCCGCAGAUUUAACUCUGGUGCUGCCGAAGCCCGUGGCCGGGCAGGGCGCGCAGUUCUCUCCAAGGACUUUUUACGCGGAGAGGAAGACUUCCGCGGAGAGCUCGCAGGGUGUUUCCAGUAGUUCCAGCGAGGACAGUCCGCAGUUUUGUGAGAAAGAUCAGAGCACUUGGUUCCAGACGUCCUCCUUCUCUACACCUCCUCGGAGCUCAAGUCCAACUCAGUGUACUUUAAGGAAACACAAAAACAACAGGAAACCUCGCACGCCCUUCACUACCUCCCAGCUGCUGGCGCUGGAGCGCAAGUUUCGCCAGAAGCAGUACCUCUCCAUCGCCGAGAGAGCCGAGUUCUCCAACUCGCUCAACCUGACGGAGACUCAGGUCAAAAUUUGGUUUCAGAACAGGAGGGCCAAAGCCAAGAGACUGCAAGAGGCCGAGCUGGAAAAGUUUAAACUGGCCUCCAAGCCCGUCCUGCCCGCCUUCGCCCUGCCUUUCCCCCUCGGAGCGCACAUGGGCUCUCCAACGUGGGGCCAGACGAACGCGUUCCCGAGGCCCAGUCUGCCGGUCCCAGGACUGUUCAGUGGACCCGUCACUUAUGGGAUGUACUAUUUGUCUUAGUAUUCCUGUGCGUGUGUGUGUGAGAGACUCUGAUCAUGGUUGCAAUACACUUAUAAAUGAGGAUGAUGCCUCUUGUAGCCCACAACUCGGGAAAAAAAAGUCCUUUGUGUUUUCAAUUUGGAGUUUAGAUUUUCUAUAAACUCUAAUUUGGAGUUAAGAUUUCCUCCAAAACUUCAAUUAGGAGUUUCGAAUUUCUCUAUACUCCAAAAGUGAAGACAUUUAUAAACGUGGGUUGAGAUUAUGUUGUGUAAAUGUGUGCGUAAUUGAAGUGCGCUCACUUGCUCUCCUCAUUUCUGUCCAGUUCUGUGGAUUGUGGAUUCACAGGGCGAAAUUACUUCUCCAAAAGUAAAUAGCAGGUUUCUAAAUGACAUGCCUUAAACACUCAAUUUCCCUCCAUCCAUAGUGCUCCGCGGUGGUUUGCAAAAUUGGACAUUUAAAAGUGUCCGGACAUGAAGGCAAUAAUCCACUGAAGCGGAGGAAGAAUCCUUUAAAGCAACAGAAAAGUACUUAAUCGGUGCCUUAAGACCAAGCAGUGUCUUUAUUAUCACUUGAAGUAUUUCUCCUAAUCCAGCAUUGACUGUUUUCUGUAAUUCUCGGGUAAAAAACAACAACACUGCAGUUUGAAUGCGUUGCCGUAUUCAUGUUUCCUCACAGCAGUUCGAUUUCUAUAUUUUGUAAAAAUAAAAAAAAGGGGGACAAAAUUAUAUUUUAGAAGAAUACAUGUAUUAGUGUUUUUGUUGUUUUUUAACUCUCACAAUGUGGCCUUUAAGGGAGUGUUAUUAGAUUUUCUCUGAGGAUUUUUUUUUUUUUUUUUGCUGUAAAUGUAAAUAAAAAAAAUUGUAGUGUUCACAAAAGCCUGCAGCCUCUGAAGAGCAGGAAAAGUGGUAUUUAUUGAAUAUCUUUGUAUCUGUACUGUGUACAUACAUCAGUCUAUCUAAAUGCUCAGUUACUUGUAAAAACUGAUUUUAGUAAAUAAACAUUAUACAAGACCUGAA